AUGAAGGCAUAUUUUCCCUCUAAACUCAGAAUCUCAGUUUUACCAAUCGUCGAAGUUUUAGAAAUUAAAAGAAUCAACAAUACUACCAUUAUCUCAGGUUUUGAAUCAGAAUUAAUAAACCUAUUGUCACACAAACUAAAUUUUCAGUAUGAGAUUUUUGUUCCAUCAGACUUAUCGUACGGUUUCAAGGAUACCUACGGAAACUGGACUGGAAUGGUUGGAAUGCUCGCAAGGAAUGAAGCUGACAUUGCAUUCUCCUUAAUGGGUAUCACCGAAGAGAGGUCAACUGUACUGGACUUCAGCAUACCUUACCUAACUCUCGAAAAAACGUUUUUGAUGCGUCAUGCUUCAUUUUUGCCCAAAACUUCAGCAUUCACGUAUCCUUUCAGUAGGCUCGUAUGGUUUUUAUUCUUUAUCGUUCUGCUUUUAGUGACAGUUCUAUUUCGAACCUUGAUUUCACCAAAAGAAUCUAUGUGUUCCGUUUUCCUCAAUUUGUGGGGAUCUGCUUUCGGCCAAGGAAUAAAAUACAACCCUCGUUCAAUGCUCAGACGGAUGCCACUUGGAAUUUGGCUCCUUUAUUCAUACGUGCUAAUUUUAUGUUACAGUUCAGUCCUGUUAUCAGUUUUGACAUCUCCCAUCAAAAUGAAACAAAUAAAAGAUUUCAAGGAUCUCUACACCGCAGUCAAAGAGGGGGAAAUGGAGUGUCGAGCAGCGUUACCCACUCUGGAAGCAAAAUAUUUGUUGAAAAGUGAUAUACCCUAUCUUAAAGGAUUAGGGGAAUAUAUUACAAAGAAUAAAUGGUACUACACACCUAGUACCAACCAAAGUGUUCCAAAACACACAGCAAUGCUUGGGUCACCUUAUCUGUUCCGAUUAGUUUUUGGAUCCCCUCAAGCCUACUUUUAUUCCAAGGACGCUUUUGGGUAUUUUCCGUUCGGAGUUGCAGUCAGGAAAGAUUUUUGUUGCAAAGAGCGCUUCAACACAAUUCUACGCCGAAUUUUAAAUGGUGGUUUAUAUAACAAAUUCAUGUACGAUGCAUUCUUUAAAUUGGAUUUAAAGAAAAAAUUGAAGAAUGAUUUUUAUGAUAACACAUCAGCAUCAGCUUUAGGAUUAUCAGAUUUAAAUGGAGUGUUUAUUGUUCUUGGUGCUGGCUGGGCAGCAGCUGUUUUAGUUUUGAUACUAGAAAUCACCUCCAGUCGAUGGCUGUGCUCAGCACCUCCUUAG